AUGGGGGGGAGCUGGCGUUCAGUGCGAUGCCUGCCUCGGUCCGGCUCUCUGCAUCGCUGUAACGCACGAUACCUGUCGACGGCAAGCGUACCUGCACCGCCGUACGACAUUUUGUUUUGUGGGACGGAUGCCUUUGCCCAUGCUGCUCUGCAAGCGAUUCUCUCGCGGUCAGAUUUGUACACAUCGAUGCACGUCCUUACACCACCGGAUGUAAAGCACAAAUGGGGCGCACGUCGCAUGCGUGUAUCGCCUGUCAAGCAGCUGGCAUUAACGCAUGCCAUUCCUACGUGUGAACUGCCGGCCGCAGGAAUGGAUAUGUUUCCGUUACCGUCCGCGCUGCAAACGUCCAAAGCGCCGAUGCUUGUCACAGCGUCGUUUGGCCACCGAAUUCCCACGACGCUUCUUCACCAGUUUCCGUCGCCAUCACUCACGCUCAACUUGCACCCUUCCAUGCUGCCGGAUCUGCGUGGCGCCGCGCCGAUUCAGUGGGCCCUGGCGCGUGGGUAUACUGAGACAGGCAUCACAGUCCAGCAAUUGCAUCCGACACACUUUGACCAGGGCGGUAUCCUGAAACAGGUGCCGUUCGCUAUACCCGCAGGCAGUACCUACCUAUCGCUGCUGCCCAGCAUCGCAGAGCGUGGAGCGCAGUUGCUGGUCGAUGUCAUGGCGACACUGCCUACGUGCCAUACACAGCUGCAGUCGCAGCACGGCAUGCCGGGUACACGUGCCCCGAAACUGGCACCCAAGUUCUCCGUGGUGCGCUGGGAUCGCUGGACUGCCGCGUCCAUAGAUGGACGCCAGCGUGGAUUUGGCUAUGCCCAACCGAUCACGAUGACGCUCAAGCCUCCGUCACAUACCCGCUUUCCGUCUGUGAACGUGGCCAUUCGUGAGGGGCAAGCCAAUCCGCAGCGCCGACGCAUGGUGGCAAGGCUUUCGCGACCGCGCUGA